UUUUAUUUCCUUUCCACGCCGGCAACGUUCCCUAUCAGUCUUUCGACAGAUUCGUUGGAGAAAGCCGACGACCUCCAUCCAACCGGAAACUCCUCCAAAACUUGGACUAAUUUUGGCAAUUUAUUGGAUUAACACAGAAAAAUGGCCCCAAAUAUCACAUCAAGUCCAGAAGUAACACAAUGUCCGGUGAAACCACUGGAACUAAUGCCGGAGAAAGAAGAGGAGUAUAAGCUCACGAUUGUUUGGAGGAAUGUAAUUUUAUUUGCCUACCUCCACUUGGCUGCCGUUUAUGGAUUAUAUUCUUUAGUUUUUGAAGCUCAGUGGAAAACCGUUCUCUUCGUGUUCGUGUUGUACCAAAUGUCUGCAUUGGGUAUCACCGCAGGAGCUCAUCGGCUUUGGUCGCACAGGGCUUACAAAGCUAAAUUGCCCCUUAGAAUUUUAUUAGCGUUUUUCAAUACACUUGCAUUCCAGAACCACGUGAUCGAAUGGGCGAGGGACCACAGAGUGCAUCACAAGUAUUCUGAGACAGAUGCUGAUCCGCACAACGCCACCAGAGGCUUCUUCUUUGCCCACGUCGGCUGGCUCCUUUGCAGAAAACAUCCGGAACUGAAAAGAAAAGGAAAACAAAUCGAUAUGUCCGAUCUUGAAAAUGACCCUGUACUCGCUUUCCAGAAAAAAUAUUAUUUGACACUAAUGCCGGUAGUAUGUUUCAUCCUUCCCGCUAUUGUGCCCAUGUACUUCUGGGGAGAAACGUUCACAUGCGCAUGGUUCACAGCGUCCAUGUUCAGGUACACAUUGACAUUGAACUUGACCUGGCUUGUCAACAGUGCCGCUCACAUGUGGGGAAACAAGCCUUACGAUGCAACGAUCAACCCUGCAGAAAACUUGGGUGUAGCUUUGGGAGCUGCAGGUGAAGGCUGGCACAACUACCACCACGUUUUCCCCUGGGACUACAAGGCGGCCGAAUUGGGCAACUAUAGAGCAAACACUACAACCGCUUUCAUAGAUCUGAUGGCGAAAAUCGGCUGGGCUUACGAUUUGAAAACUGUCCCUCAUGAAAUCAUCAACAAACGAUGCCAGAGGACAGGAGACGGCACCAGGCCUCUGUGGGGUUGGGGCGACAAAGACAUGACACAGGAAGACGCAGAAGGGACCAUUCAACUUUUGCAGUCUGAGAAAGCCGAAUAGACGUGCAUUUUUAUUGUAUUAGCUCAGUGAAGAUUUAUUACAAAAUUGAAUAUUAAUAUUCAAAAUUUAUGUCUUUUUUUUUUUAAUGUGACAGACAGAACGUUUUAUGCUGUGAUUGUUGAACAACAACUAUUAAAAAAAUAGUGUGAAUCUAGUCUGUUAACACUUUUCCUUUUUAAUAUCGGAUGUAAAUAAUCAACUAUUUUUCUAGUUUGUCAAUCUUUAAAAGAGUUUUGAUCAAUUUUGUUUUGUACGUUAAAAAGAUUAUUUAUCUUUUUGUAAGAUAUAUAAUAUGUGAUAUUGUAUUUAGAGAUGAGCCUUCUUUAUCAUAAUUAAACGUUAGGUGUACAA